GGCGCAUGCGCUGGCUUCGUGUAAAUAUGGACUUUAUGCCGGGUAGUCGUAAGGUUCAGUAGUAGUAAAGUUGGCAGAGGGCGCUCGAGCAGGGCUGGCCCACAAAAGCCCUCGACAACGGUCGAUCCUCGCCAGUUGGAGACCCGAGAUUCCAUCAAGCAGCCACAAUGUCGAUCACAAAGGUAUUCGCUCGCAGCAUCUUUGAUUCCCGUGGUAACCCCACUGUGGAAGUGGAUCUUUACACAAGCAAGGGUCUUUUCCGUGCAGCUGUGCCCUCUGGUGCAUCGACUGGUAUCCAUGAAGCUCUGGAAAUGCGAGAUGGAGAUAAAUCAAAGUAUCAUGGCAAGUCUGUCUUCAAUGCUGUCAAGAACGUCAAUGACAUCAUUGCCCCAGAGAUCAUAAAGAGUGGCUUGAAAGUGACCCAGCAAAAAGAGUGUGACGAGUUUAUGUGCAAACUGGAUGGUACAGAAAACAAAAGCCGUCUUGGUGCCAAUGCUAUUCUCGGCGUAUCUCUGGCCGUCUGCAAGGCUGGUGCUGCAGAAUUGGGAAUACCUUUAUACAGGCAUAUUGCAAAUCUUGCCAACUAUGGGGAAGUGAUUCUACCUGUACCAGCUUUCAAUGUUAUAAAUGGUGGCUCUCAUGCUGGAAACAAGCUAGCUAUGCAAGAGUUCAUGAUCCUACCCACAGGAGCAGAGACUUUUACUGAAGCUAUGAAAAUGGGUAGUGAAGUUUAUCAUCACUUGAAGGCUGUCAUUAAGGCUCGCUUUGGUCUUGAUGCAACAGCUGUUGGAGAUGAGGGAGGUUUUGCCCCUAACAUUCUCAAUAAUAAGGAUGCCCUCAACCUUAUCCAAGAUGCAAUCAAAAAGGCUGGUUAUGUAGGCAAGAUAGAGAUUGGGAUGGAUGUGGCUGCAUCAGAAUUCUACAAACAAGAUAAUGUUUAUGACCUUGACUUCAAAACUGCUAACAAUGAUGGAUCUCAGAAGAUUUCUGGUGACCAACUUAGGAAUUUGUAUAUGGAAUUCUGCAAGGAGUUUCCCAUAGUCUCCAUUGAGGACCCAUUUGAUCAGGAUGACUGGGAUAACUGGACCAAGAUGACUGCUGGUACUGACAUUCAAAUUGUAGGUGAUGAUUUAACUGUAACUAACCCUAAGCGCAUUACCACGGCUGUUGAGAAGAAAGCUUGUAACUGUCUGCUGUUGAAGGUGAACCAGAUAGGUUCAGUCACAGAAUCAAUCAAUGCCCACCUUCUGGCCAAAGAAAAUGGCUGGGGCACCAUGGUCUCCCACAGGUCUGGUGAGACAGAAGAUUGCUUCAUUGCUGAUCUGGUUGUUGGCCUGUGUACUGGUCAAAUAAAAACUGGUGCUCCCUGCCGCUCUGAACGUUUGGCAAAAUAUAACCAAAUCCUCCGUAUCGAGGAAGAACUUGGGUCCAAUGCUAAGUUUGCUGGCAAGAAUUUCAGGAAACCCGUUUAAGAAGUUUAAAUCAUAAGGCUUUUAAAAUCUUAUAAGAAUGUUACUGAAUAAAUUUGGGAAAACUGAUAUACCUAUAACAUUGCUUAUGAGAUGUUUAAAAGUUUCAGAUUGCUGUUAAUUGCAAAGUGCAUUUGAAGGUUUGAAACAGAUACGCAAGUGGAAGCAGUGUUAAAAAGGAUAACUAAUGUACUGUACUGCUAGGAAGUUCUGUAUAUUUUGUUAGCUUGAGUUGUAUGUGUUUGUCUUCAGUUUAAAUGAUUCCAUGUUAAACAAUUACUCCAUGCUUAUAGAAAAAUAUUUACUAGUCAUGUCUUGUAUUAGAAAUGUCUUCAGAAUGUCUUGUUGCAAUGUUCUUAUAUAUACUGUACUAAAAAAGUUCUAGUAUUAUGUAUACAGUAUAAGGUACAUUAAAACUUGAAGAUG